CCAGGGUUGACGAUUAAUUUCGUAUUUAAUUUAGGAAUUCCUAGGACCAAUUAGUAAGGUGGCAGUUAGUACUAAAUUAGGUCUUCCGCAGUUUCAGCAAGUAUAGUACGUGACUUGUUCACCAUUGGCACAUGCCUAGUUGUACUAAACUCACGCAUCUAAUCUUCAACACUGCUGCUGUCUCAUGAAGCUAAAUUGCUGUACAAGGUCGUUGUUGUCCCAAACUCCAUCGCCUUUGCGGUGAUUUGCCAAAUCGCUUUUGGGCCAAGCUCUCUGUCUGGCCACGCCGGUUGCAUGUCAUGUAACACAAAAGUAUGGAAACAUGGCUGGCCGGACACCGGCACCCGAAUCGGCCGUAGAGACCGUGGGCAAGACACCUUGAUCCUCCUCUGAGGGCGUGUGGCAAUCCAUAAGUACGUGACACGGGAAUGAAGCAAGUCCUCCCCUUGAGGCUCAUGCUUUCACACUUCUCAUCUGUACUUUCGGGCCGCAGAGACCUACCUGCUCGAGGGGCAUAACACGAUCAUUCUCGGGGCCUGUGAGCGGAACUCCUUCCAACAAACAUCCACAAGUACGGUUCCCCGGCAAUGCCUUUGAGGUCCCUUCUUGAGUUCUGAACACCAUCACUGAUUCGGGUUCCAGUCAUGCAUCCAUCACCUCUUUAUGCCGCGUUCGCUGCACUAUCCCUAUUCUCCAUGACAGCCCAAGCCGGCUGCACCAACGUCGGAGGGGGGCACGGCAACAACCCUCUCAAGUGCAAAUCGUACAGCGUCCCGAAAGAGAUCGGCCGGAGCGUCACCGUGGAGCACACGCUCACCCUCAGGAGGACGGAGGGGGACCAGUCCUCUUACUACACCGAGUGGUUCUGGUACGAUCUGAAGAACGAACAGACCUACAAGGUGAACUUUGCGGUCCAGUUCUGGAACCCACAGACAAACCAGAACGGCUGGAAAUCGUACACUUUGGAUCCCGGGGAGAAGUGCAACGUCAACUUCUACUCUACGCUUCAAAAUGUGAAGCUUACUUGCUGAUAGAGGAAGUGGGUGUGGCGUACAUUGGCUGUUCUGCUUUUGAGCGUGCAUUCGAUCGGUCCACCUGUGAUGGGUGGCUCGGGCAUAAAUAAUCAAACAGGUCAGGGAAUAGCAAAACAAAUGAUCGAAUUGCUCACGUUUUUCCGGCAUCGGAUAAGUGCGCGCCAUAAGAUUUGUUCAAGAAUCCGCAAUGGAAUGGCUCGUAUGGCUGUGGAUUUCCAUAGCCAUGGGAUCGCCCCAUGUUUGCCAUUCCUAGUUGGACCGUUUGCGGAUACAAAGCAUGUGAGAGACAGGCGGUCGGGGACCGAAAUCGUUCAAGUCAGGAUGACCGAGAGGAUUUCCCACUGCUUGUCGGUGACUUCUUCCACCUUCCGUUCCGUUCAACAUCAAGG